GUCCUCGACCGAUUCUACAGUCGACCUGACGAUAGAGAAACCGAACGCGUUUGUCGCCAGGACUAUCGCGCCCGGCAAAAGGUCUUUCCUCCAUUCGUUCUUCGGUACAUCGUUCGAGAAAUAUUACCGAUCCCGCGCUCCUUCGGGAAGAGCUUGCAGAUUAUCGGAGAGAACGGAUUCGAGAUCGAAUGUACGGCGAAGUUUCGCAGUGAUCUCGAAAUUGAACGCUUCACGCUACAUCGCGUCUGACACGAGGGAAAAAAAGACAUCGCCGACGACGAAGAGAUUGUAUAUCGAGAAGCUACGGCUACGUGACCGAGCAAGGCAAACCGGAGCGAGUCUCGCGGAGAAUGAAGAAGGGAAAUUCGCGACGAGGAGAGAAACGGGAUUCUUCCUUUGAAUGCAUUUGUAUUGGGAUAAGAAAGAGAAACUCAAAGUUUAAAUAUCAGAAGUGAAAUUUAAGAAGCGGCGAACAUUCAUAUUGAUGAUUGAUUAUCGGUAUUAUACAGGAAUAUAUAUUGAGCAAGAACCAGAGAAGGGCAAUAUACAAAUUGAUCUCUAGAGAUUUUAAAGCAACAUUCUCAAGAUUACACUUUCUACAUAAGGAGCAUUAAAAAGCUCUACUAUCUAUAAUACUUGAAUAUCAAACGUCAGUUACGCCAAUUCUUUCCUCUUUAACGGAAAACGUGGACGACGAAAAGAAGGAAAGAAACAUUUCUCGAACAAUAGAUGUGCAACGGUUUUCUUGACCAGCUUAACAAAAGGAGGAUAUCUUUUGUCACGUAUUAACAUCGGUCAACGGUUUCUCACUUUAAGCGAGCAAUCUUGUCUUUACGCAAGAGACAACCAGACAACACGGCAAUCCAUCGAUUGCGCGUUCACCACGUAUACGGUUCGUAUGAUGCGUUUGCAACGGAGUUGCUUGCAACACGUUCAUCCGACACGACUCGAUCCUGCAUGAUUCACCUGUGAAGGCGGGGGUUGUUGGAGGAGGAAGGGAUGCAGAAUCUCAGAUCGCGGAUCGGCGGAAGUGCGCGGCGAGGGAGCGGCCCGUGAGAGAAUCGUCCUCUUGGACGCGUGCGAGAGGAUAAAGGAAGAGACGUCACCCUCUCUCUCGGUACGCAGGAUGGACAGGAGCGAUAACAAUGUCGUCGGGGUCGGCGGCGGAAGCGGCAACGGAGGUAGCGGCGGCACCGGCGGUGGCUGUCACGUGGGAAACUCCGGAUCCCCGCCAAACUCCAUCUCGUCGACUCACGGCACCGUGCUCAAUUCCACCGGCGGGCUCGACGGUCAGACUGCAGACAGAGGAUGGGAGAUUCACCAUGUUACAGUCACAAGAGUUCCCGGUUACGGCUUUGGUAUAGCUGUGUCAGGAGGUCGCGAUAAUCCUCAUUUUACUAAUGGUGAUCCAGCGAUCGCAAUCUCCGAUGUACUGAAAGCCGGUCCAGCUGAAGGAAAAUUACAAGUUAACGACCGUAUCAUCUCCGCCAAUGGAGUAUCAUUGGAAGGAGCCGAUUAUGGAGCUGCUGUACGGGUCCUGCGGGAUUCCGGUUCUACCGUUUUGUUGGUUGUUAAACGAAGAGCUUUUUCGAAUUCACCCGGUUGCUUAGGCAGCAUUGCAUCUCAGAGUCAUCGACUCACGCUCACGCGAAACAAUAAAAAGGACGACUUUGGCAUAGUGCUGGGAUGUCGAUUGUACGUAAAGGAGGUUACGCGAGAAAAUAUUGGAGUGAAAACCGGGGACGUGUUAACCCGAAUAGGCAGUGUCGCUGCCGAUAAUAUGAGUUUGAAGGAAGCUAGAAAGCUGAUGGAUCAGUGUAAAGAUAGGCUCUCGAUUGUAAUUACACGGGACAGUUCAUGUUGCCACGUACAGCAACAAAGUAAAGGGGAUAGCGGUGAUUAUCUGUCGGGUGCGAGUUACAGUAGUCAAAACUUAUAUGUUCCGCCACCUACGAGGCAACCCUUGGAUGACAAGAGUAAUCUUGUGCCGAGAGGUCGUUCGCGAGGUCCACUGAUGGACGUGUCUUUGAGUCAAUUGGAUCUACCAGCUACGCCCACUGUAGAUCCACCUAGGCCACCUCCGCCUAGACCAGAAGAUUAUUAUAGUACGCGCAGACAACUGUAUGAUGAAGAUUCAGUUUCACCUCGAACAAAGCAGCCUAUGCCGGAUCCUCGAUUUAUUACUUUUCAAAAGGAAGGAUCUGUAGGGGUGCGAUUAAGUGGCGGUAACGAAACCGGCGUCUUUGUGACUGCAGUUCAAGCGGGAAGUCCUGCGUCUCUUCAAGGUCUUCAACCAGGAGAUAAAAUCUUAAAGAUAAAUGAUAUGGAUAUGAAAGGAGUAACGAGAGAAGAGGCUGUGCUGUUUCUUCUUAGCUUACAAGAACAGAUCGAUCUUAUCGUACAACAUCGACGUCAGGAAUACGAUCAGAUCAUUGCAUCGGGCAGAGGCGACUCUUUUCAUAUAAAGACUCAUUUUCAUUACGAGCAACCACAGAAAGGUGAAAUGAGUUUUCGUAGCGGAGAUGUCUUCCAUGUGGUGGAUACCCUUCACAACGGUGUCGUAGGAUCCUGGCAGGUUUUUCGAAUUGGACGAAACAACCAAGAGGUACAGAAGGGCAUUAUACCUAAUAAGGCCCGCGCUGAAGAACUCGCAACCGCGCAAUUUAACGCUACGAAGAAGGAGAUGAGUGCUAGCGAAAGCAGAGGUAGCUUUUUCAGAAGAAGAAGAAAUAGCCAUAGACGAUCAAAAUCUUUGGGAAGGGAUCAUUGGGACGAUGUGGUGUUUUCCGAUAGCGUUAGUAAGUUUCCAGCUUACGAGCGUGUGAUCCUACGACAUCCCGGAUUUAUUAGGCCCGUUGUUCUCUUUGGGCCCGUAGCUGAUCUCGCAAGGGAAAAACUUCUUAAGGAUUUCCCUGAUAAAUUUACUUCCCCACAAAUGGAAAGCCAAAUGGAGGAUGGUACGGGAAAAAAUACUAAAACAUCAGGUAUUAUCCGCUUAAGCGCUAUCAGAGAGGUAAUGGAAAGGAGCAAACAUGCGUUACUGGACAUUACUCCGAAUGCCGUGGAUCGCUUAAAUUACGCCCAGUUUUAUCCAAUUGUUAUCUUCCUGAAGGCCGAGACGAAGCAAGUCAUCAAGGAGAUGAGAGCUGGCAUACCAAAAUCAGCACACAAGAGCAGUAAGAAGCUUCUAGAACAAUGUCAGAAGCUCGAUAAAAUCUGGGGACACGUGUUUAGCGCGGUGAUUACUCUCAAUGCGCCGGAAGCUUGGUACCGGAAGCUCAGAGAGCUCAUCGACCGCCAGCAGCAAGGCUUGCUAUGGAUGAGUCAAACCAAGCCGGAAGAAGCUCUCUCGGAUGAUUUCCUAUUCCCGAUGACUUCUCGCCUCUCCUACGCUUCCUCCCCGGAAAGCGAUUUGGAAUUGAGUCCGGCACCCGUCAUUCCUGGCACUUUGGGUCCACCAUCGCGGCUAAAGAGCAGUUCUGACCCCAGUAUUGCUACUCAAGAUGACACCACUGCACCGCCACCGUAUUCGACGAAUUAUCAGCAAUCGUUUGAGCAGCAAAAAAGAAGAUCCCAAGGCGGGAUGGGGGACAGCAAGUAUGGUUUCUCAUUAUCUGGUCAAAUGAGCAAUCAAUCUGGUUCGCCAGAAUACCUGGGUGGUUCCUCUGAACCUAGAUCUCCUCAUCACAGUCCUCCAGAUCUACCGCCGCGAGUUGAUCGAAACGUGAAGCCGAUUAAUCAAACGCCGCGGGGAACUAUAGGACGGUCCGCGCAGGAGCGACUAGGAGUAAACAAAAUUGAUCCGGUUCUGGAUAUGGGGAAUUAUAUCAAUGCGACUCCUCACAAAGCAAAUGCCACAUCGUCUCUCGAACGAGCGCAACCGAAAGCGGGAAGUUAUGAUAGUAUGUCCUCAUACGAUUCAUACAACAAUACCAAUGGAAAUACGAAUUAUGGAGCGGUGAACUUAAACGCAUCGACAGGUCGUUUGGGUCCGAAUGUACCUGAUGAUCUCAAAAGCAGUAAUAUGUCAGUGAGAGCGCACGAUCCAUACAGAUUAACAAAAUCUCAAGUUCAAUCCACUUCUACGCAUGAUGCUCAAACGCGAACCGAUUAUGCCAAAUAUAGUCGGUCCACCGAUUACAAAUCGAUACCAAUGUCGCAAAAUAAACCAGGAGGCACCUACAAACCGAUCCCACCUCCAAAGCCAAAAAAUUAUAGACCACCUCAAGCAUCUGUUGGACAAACAGAAAACAACGGGAAUGAUGGGAAUAAUUCGUAUCAACACUCGAAGAGUUAUUCCAUUGCCACGUCGCAUGUACAUAAUGGGGUAGAAAAUAAUGUGCAACGUAAUAGUAACCAGUAUUACUACAACAUUCCGCCGCCCGGUCGUUACAAUGAGAGCAAUCUCGUGAAUUCACAUCACAAUCUAAAUCAUCUCGCGACGCCGACGCACAGCCAUAGUCUUAGUCAUAGCCACGCGCACUCUCACUCCAGCCCGCCAGUGACUACCGCGCAUUCUCAUAGCAACAGUGCCGGUCAAAUCAAUUUUGGACUGACGCAUAAUCGAAACAACACAAAUCACAAUGGAUAUAUACAUGGUAAUAAUCCCCACGGUCCCGCAGGUUCAGUUUAUCCGUCUGCUAAUCCUGGACAUAAUAGAGAACCCAGCGGCCUAGAUCUGGCUGGUAGCCGAGAGCAAAGAGGAAGCGCUUUCGAACUCUAUCGAAAACCGGUUAUUCAUUACAAUAUGAGUUAAUGUGUACCCUGAUGCAAGACUUAUUAUAUUAGGAUAAAUUAAUAAAUUUCUAUCCGAGUGCAGAGAAAUCGUGCAAUGUCAUAGACAUAGACGAAAAAACAAAAGUUAUAUUUAAGAUUCUGGUAUUAUGAAGAGUAUAUCGUGCCUUCCAAAAGAAGUCUAUUCUUCCAUUUGUGUAAGAAUCUUGAGAUGAUAAUAACAUCAACAGAUUUCUUAACUUUACGAAAAAAUGCUUAGUUAGUUUAUUUUAUACACACAAGAACAAAUUUUAAUUUUAUUAUGAGAUUUUAUAGAAUUUUUUAUUAGAGCAAAAAUAAUGAUAAAGAUUAUCGUUAUCGAUAUAUACGCAAGAAAUUUUUCAAUAACCUUUUAACAUAAAUCGCGCAUGUAUUUAAUAAGAAUAAUAUAGAAAGAUACUUAAAGAAAAUUUCUUUAUAAGUGCAAUGUAAUGUAACAAUACUCAGUCGUCAUACUUAUAUACACGAGGUAAAAUCUGUAUAUCAUGUAAUAGUCACAUAUUUUUCUGCUUUUACAUUAAAAAUAUAAUAAACGCCAUAUCGGCAGGAAAGUAAUUUAAUUUAGCAGAUAAUUGUAGACAUUUUGGAUUUGUCAUAUGCAUUUAUGUAUUUUUGACAUAUGUGAUAACGAUACACGAAAUUCUUUAUUGUUAUUUACAUGAGAAGUACCCGGCUUCAAAUUUUUUAAUGGAAUAUAAUUUUUUUUAUCACUAAAUAAGAAAAAUGUAGAGAUAAUUUAUAUAAUAAAGUAAACAUACACAUGCAACACACAGCAUUAUUGAAAAAAUUAUAGAAAAAGGAAAAGAAAAAAGAGGAUUUUUUUAAUUACACACAAAAAAGAUACAAAUAAAAUAAGUGCAAAAAUGCAGUUUUUAUUAUUUUAUUUUUUUAUAAAUAAAUAAAAAUUGUAAAAAAAAGUAUGUAAGUUUUGCUACACAAAUCUUAUGUAAUACAUAAAAGAAAAAUUUUACCAUUUUAUUGUCUCCAAGAAAAUUUAAUAAUGAUUGUUCUUUUGAAAAACUUCUCAAGAAGAAUGACUUUGUUUUCAAUCGGGUACGCUCAAUAUUUAUUAUAAAUCUUAUUGCGUGUCAUUAUGUCAUUAGUAAACCAAAAGGCCUUUUUAGACUUUUUAGGUAUCGUUAAAAUUAAGUUGAAUUUUUUAUAAUAAAGAGUCUGUAUUAUUAAUAAUUAGAUUUAUAAUUAUUAGAUCUAUAAGUAGUCUCUGCCAUUAUAUAUAAUCUUGUAUCACAAGUUAAUGUGUAAACAGAUUAUAUUACUGUUAACGAUGUACAACGGCAUAAUACGUUACAACCGGUAUAUUAAACGAAAUUACGUAUAUAUACAUUAUAAUUAAAUAUUAAAUAGAAUUAGUAUUAAAAUUUGAUUAUAUUACUUUAAUGGCCAUAAGUAUUAAAUUAAAUAUAUAAUUGACAUACGUUUUAUAUCUCGUACUACUGUAGCAAGGCUGUAAAUUCUUAUACAUUUGUGCAAAGACGAAUGUAUAUAUGCGAUAUCCACGUUUAUUCCACAGUUUAUAAGUAACAAAACGCAAAAUCCGAAUAAAAUACCUGGUAUCACAAAUUUUUUUAUACAAGAAUAAAUUAAAUAAUUCUAUAAAAUUAUGCAAAAAUGUAAUUCCUACAUAAUUAAUUAAAUAAUGAAUGUUUAAAUAAUA